AUGAGCCUGAAAAGCAGUGACUGGAAAAUGAGAAGAGGUUUCAUGUGCCACUCUCAGGCUUCAACAGCUGUGUGCAUGAGCACUCGCGACCCUCGAUCUGUGGUUGUGCCAAGGAGGUUGGAAAGAAGUGUGUUUCUUGAUGAUACAAGGUUGAUCAACUAUGCCAAGUACUCCAAACUUGUUGAGCCUCCAAGGUCUAAUCCAGUUCCAAAGAUCAAGCUUAGAGGGCAGGAUCAAGAUCAAGCCAAAAAUGAACCAAGGGAGCUUUUGAAAACACAGACAGAUAAUAAUGCCUUUCAGGUGGUUGUGAUGCGAGUUGCAAUUCAUUGUCAAGGAUGUGCUGGAAAGGUGAAAAAACAUCUGUCUAAGAUGGAAGGAGUUACUUCAUUCAGUAUAGAUGUAGAGUCUAAGAGGGUGACAGUGAUGGGGCACAUUUCACCAGUGGCAGUUCUUGAGAGUAUUUCAAAGGUGAAAAGGGCAGAGUUCUGGACUGCUUGUUAA